AUGGGCUCCCGCUUUCAGCAGGUCCAGCGCCUUCAGCGUCUCACACUCGCACCUACGUCAAGGAUUCUCGCCCGCAAUGUCCACCAGAGCUCCCGCCACAACACUGCCAUCCAGGGGCCCGGUCCCACAUCACCACACGCAGAGCUGCUGUCCACAAAGCCAUACCGCCAGGGAUCGUCACCGCAGUCCGUUCUCGCUCGCCUUCCCACAUCAUCGGUCGCCCGCUCGUAUCUGAUCACUGCCAUGUCGUCGUCGCCAGCCCUUCUUGGCCUGACAUUCACCGUCCUGCGCAAGAUGCUCGACUCGAAGAACUAUCUCAUGGACGUCGAGCGCAACCCACUCAUUCGGACGCUGCUGAAGAGCACUUUCUACGCGCAAUUCUGCGCCGGCGACAAGGCGCACGAAGUGAAGCCCAACCUCGCCGCUGCUCGAUCAGUGCUCGGCUACGACGGCGUCAUCAUCGAGUACGCGCUGGAAGUCCUCGGAGGGAGCGAGCCCACGGCCGCCGAGACAGCGGCCGAGAUCGACGUCUGGCGCAGGGGCAUGCUGAAGAGCGUCGAGAUGGCGAGCGAGGGCGACUUCAUCGGGCUCAAAUGGUCCGGCCUAGGCCGCCACGCCCUGCACCUCCUCCAGACCCAGCAAGACGCCACUCCUGAGAUGUGGGCGGCCAUGACCGCAGCCUGCGACGCCGCGGCCGCAAAGGGCGUUUGCCUGCUGCCUGGCGCGGAGGAGGAGCUCACCAACACAGGUCUAGAGAAAUGGACCCUAGCGCUGCAAAAGAAGUACAACACACCCACCUACGGCCGCGCCCUCGUCUACACAACCUACCAAUGCUACCUGCGCGCCGUCCCGGGCCGGAUCGCGCAGCACCUCGAAACCGCCAGCGGCCACGGCUACAUCGCAGGCGUCAAGCUGGUGCGCGGCGCGUACCUCGACUCGGAAGCGGCUGGGACGUGUUUCGAUUCCAAAGCCGAGACGGACGCUUGCUACGACGCCUGCGCGGCGGCGGUGCUGCGCCAGUCCUGGACCGCAGCAAUCAGCCCUAGCAACGCAUCAACGCCAUUCCCCGCCAUCAACAUCGUCCUCGCAACGCACAACACAGCCUCGCUAGACGCUGCGCGCGCACUGCGCAGGACGCAGCUGCAAACGCAGGACGCGCAUUCGCUGCCGCGGCUCGCGUAUGCGCAGCUGCAGGGCAUGGCGGACGAGGUCAGCCAGGCGCUGGUGCAGGACGCGUCGGUCAAGGCGGACGUGAAUGCGCGCGUGGUCAAGCUGUUGGCGUGGGGAACGCUGAGGGAGUGUCUUAAUUUUCUGAUCCGGCGCGCGGCGGAGAAUAAGGAGGCUGGGUUUCGCACGCAGGAUACGCGGAGGGCGAUGGGGGCGGAGCUUUGGAGGCGGGUGAGGGGGGUUUUUGGGUUGGCGUAG